UCUCUUACUUUAUGUAAAAUUUCUCAAAUGAGCGAAAAUUUCUUAUAUAUUACGUUUCUUGAGCUUGCUUUUUUGUUUCAGUGGGAGUUUCUUCAUUAUGUUCAGGUUUCCGAGGAACUUUCGCAGAAUCACCUUAAGCCAAUUUUACACUUAUUUAAUUUUCGGCGCCCUGCUGCUUUUGGCCUUGUACGCGGUGAUUCCAAAUCGCAGCAGAACAUUCGCCCCGGGUGGACAGGAAAGGACCCAUCUUCGCCCAUCGGCCGAGCGUCACGGCUCAUUCGUCGCGGGAAAUGAUACAGUGUGGAUGAGCAAAAUCUCCGACGCUUUCAGGCGGCUGCCCGACGCCCUUAUCGUAGGGGUUAAAGAGGGUGGCACCAGAGAGCUGAUCGCACUGCUGAAAAUGCAUUCAGAGAUAGUCACUCCGUCCGAGGAAUUGAAUUUCUUUGACGACGACGAAAAUUACUCUCGAGGGAUCGAUUGGUACAGGUCACAAAUGCCUUUGGUGAGAAUGGACCAAGUAGCUGUAGAAGAAGCUCCACUGUAUUUCUCAUCAGAAAAAGCAGUGGAACGAAUAUACAGUGUGAUGCCGAAAGUCAAAAUCAUUCUCAUUGUCCAAGAUCCAAUCAAGAGGCUAAUUUUGGAUUAUGAAAAUCAAAAACUCGUCAGGAUAAUGCCUGCUUUAGAAGAGGCAAUAACUUAUCAAACAAAGGACGGUUUAAUUCUCGUCAAAUCAGACGAACCCAUCGUGCGAUUGAGUCAGUACGACGACGAUUUUCUCAAGUUCACGAGGUACUUUAGCGCGGACAGAAUUCUCAUUCUAUCUGGAGACAGGCUGAUGCACAAGCCGUGGCUCGAGAUGGAGAGAGUUCAAACGUUUCUAGGAGUAGGACUCGAGAUACGACAGGAGCAUUUUGUUUACGACAAAGACAGUGGGGACGUGUGCUUACGUAGCCCGCUGACAGGGCCUUGCAUCAGAGAGCAAAGUGUCAAGAAGAACAUCAGACAGGACAUUCACGGACUUUUAAAAGAAUAUUUUUCCGUGAGAGUACGUCGAUUCCAAUUGUUAUCUGGAGUAGACUUUUUUGACGAGUGGUUAAGAUUUGAACAAGGCAGUGAAAAUAAGAUUUAGGUUCGAAUAACAAAAAUAUCAAGUGGAAUGAAUGAAUUGAAAAGACUUGCAUGUUUUGUUGACUUCCAUUUAUUAUACAAUACUAUGGAUUUUGUAAGAGAAAAUACAGC